UGUCAUGCAGUGUGAAACAUAAAUAAAGCGUAUUAGUUUUCUAUAAAUCAUGACUUAAUACUCAAGCCUAAAUUGUUAAAAUGAAAUAAUAUAUUUAAAAACGUUACUGCCACUUACAUAUUUCUUUUUAAUUAAUGACAUUAUGGAUGGUUUAAUUCACGCGGCAUUGGAAGCAGAGGUAAUACUUAACCGGGCUAAACAUGUGAAUACAAAUCUAACACACUUUGACAGUGGUGCCUCAGAUCAUAAAAUGACUUGGACUCUUGAAAAGAUGCAUCUAGCAGAAUCUGUUGAUGACUCUAGAAUGAAGUUUCAAAGGAAUUCCGUCAGUUCAGCGGGCAAAAGUGCAGAAAAGUUUGAUUUAUUCAAAAAUCUUCAUGAACUUUACAAUGAGCUCAGUAGAGAUGAAUCUUCACAGGCUAACUAUCAAGGGCUUAAGACAACUUCCUAUCUAUUGGAAAAGUUAUUAGCAACAUAUAAUCUAAACACAUUAAUAAUUAAUUUAUACCCUGGCAAUAAAGGUUACUCUCUUUCGUUAAAAGUAAAUGGAAACACUCAGCUCAUUCAACCUCCAGAUGCAAAUGCAUCAUCAAGUCAAGAUGAAACUUUAAUUGAAACUCCAAGGUGGCCAUAUGAAGAGGAAGAGCUAUUAAGUUACAUAGAUAAUGAAGAAUUACCAGUAGUGCUCCUUGACCUUCUUGAGUCUGAACACUCAUGUCUCUUUUAUUCUGGUUGCAUUAUAGCUCAAAUAAGAGACUAUCGGCAGGCAUAUCCUAGUUUUGUAUGUGAUACACAUCAUGUGCUCUUAAGACCUACUAAUCAGAGCAUAAUAACGGACGCAAUGUGUAUUGGGGGUCGAUGCGGCUGGGCGGGCGAGGAACGCGGCGCGCUGGAAGCCGUGGAGGCAGCGCUGGUGCACGCCGCUGCUCCGCCGCUGUGUCUGGAGCCGAGACCCGCGGUCGGCCUCCUGGCUGCGAGGCUGCACGCUGCCCCAAGACUAUUUAACACGCCGCGGAUACGACGGCAAGCGAAAAGGUUUUCGCAGGUGGCUGUUAAUAGGAAAAGAAAAUUGGAUCAAUUUACUCAUUUCCAUGGACUGGAGUUAUUGGAAUUGAUACAUCGUCAAAGAGCAAAAAAUAGCAGGCAAUCCGUGCCUCAUACGCGACUCACAUCCAAGUUUCCUAAGAAACCACCAGAGGUGUUCAAGCCGAUAGAACCACCGAAAAUGGAGCCGCUACCGCUGGCGCUGCCGUCCGAGCCGAGCGGGCCGCUGCGCCUGGCGCGCGCGUACGAGCGGCCGCGCCCCACGCCCGACUGCCUGCCGCAGCUCGUCGAGGAGUACAUCCUGGAGACCGAGAAGACGUCCCCGCACGCCGGCGCCGGCUUCUUCCAUAUCAAGCUGUCGAUACUACAGCGACCGUCCGACCAAGAGUUCCUAGGAGAAUUGUACGUGGACAGAGACCACGUCGAGGGGGAGAGGAAUGGUGCAGCAUGUAGAUUUACUUUAGGUUCACGACUGCAAGCAAAUAAGUAUAUACAGCAAUUCACCGAGAUUUUCACAGAGGAAGGAAGAAAGUCUGUUCGGAUAAAACAUAUUGUUCCUGGACAGCUCCCAAGAGUUUCAUUCACUGGAGGCAUGAGAGAAAUGGGUCAACAAUUACUACUACAGCAACAGAGAUCUGCACAAGCGAACAAUUCCACAGUACAAACACAUGCAACCACAGUACCAGUCGUAACCUCAGCAAUAGCCGCGACGUCCAAUGCUCAUACAAAUGCGAGACAGCUACCCAUAUUGCAGGCUCAGCUGCAGCAAGUUGGAAAUGUUGGAAAUGUAACUGCAGUUGGUACAGUUGUCGGAACUGUGGGGACAGUGGGGUCUGUGGGUAGCGUGGGUACAGUGGGCACAGUGGGAGCAGUGAGCACAGUAGGCACAUUGGGGCCAGUGGGUACAGUGGGGACUGUUGGUACCAUGGGCAACGUUGUUAAUGUGGCGGCCAAUGUUGCCGUUGAAACGGCCUUGAAACAGCAGCCCUCACCUACUACACCGCGGUUGUCACCACAGGCUUCAACAAAUCAAUUACUAGCGCAACAGUUAACUAAUCCGCCACAACCACUUAAUCCUCAAAAGAUGCAAUCCGCCAUCAUACACAUACAACAUCCACUCAUGUCUUCCGCCGGAACAUCACAGGUACAGAGUAUACAAUACACGAAUACAACGACCACUCAGCAAAAAGCGACAAUAACAAAACCAAGAUCAACAAAUCCGGCCAUAAACGCCCUCGUCACUAGUUUAAUGAAUUCAGCGCAACAGUUUCAACAAGCGGCGAGUCAGAACGCAGCGAAGGCGGUAGUGAGCACGGCGAGCAGCAACGCCACCAUCCUGAACUUGUUAAACAGCGCGCCGGCCGCCAUGACGCACGCGAGCGCCGACGCGCUGGACUCGCACAAGCUGCUGUCGCGCACCGUGUCCAUCGCCGGCGCGCGCCUGCUCGCCUCCAGCGCCGCGCACACCGCGCCCACCUACACGCAGGUCAUGAGCUACACUCGUGAAAAUGAUUCCACGAACGUUUCAAGUAGUGAGAGCGCAUUGUUAGAAAGACUUAUGGGUCCGGAACCCUCGGCCACACCACCUUCGCAACCGCAGCCGCAGCCACCACCGCAACCUCAGCCGCAGCCGCAACCGCAACCACAACCCGUGUGCCAUUUACAGGGUCUCAGUUUAACAUCGCUCCAAGGCUUACAAAGUAUUCAGGGCUUACAGAACGUUCAAGUACAAAUACCGGGACUGUCGGCACCGAUAUCUCUGUCUUUGAACGUCUCCGGUUCGUCGAGCGGCCUGUUGGUGUCGGUUCCCCCCACUACCUCCGUGGUACUCACUAAUCAACCUUCGGUGCUAUCUUUGCCUAUCGCGCAACUGAUGUCGGGCGGAGUGAAGAGCGGCGUACGCGGCGGCGCCGUGCAGGUGGUGCGCGCGCCGCGCCCGCCGCGCCCCGCGCGCCCCGCGCCCCGCGCGCCGCCGCCCGCCGCCGGUACCACGCAAUUUAUAACCCAAACGCAAGCGCAGACUCUAAAUACGCAUCAAGUACGACGGAAAUCAAAUCCUGAUAGUUCAUAGUAGAUGCUAAAACUCUAUUUCACUGCCGAUUUAGUAAAAUGAAGUGUAAAUAUUUGCAUAUAUUAGAAGAAAUUUGUAUAUUAUUUUAGUGACCAAGUGGAGUUAAUCUGCGUGCAAUAUGCGAUUCUAGCAGAGUAUAUAAUAGAGAAAGAAAUGGACUUUCAAAUGAUAUUCGUUUACUAAAAACUCAAAUACGUAACGUUACCAUGAGUUUCCCACUGAGACUGAAGGGUGUGUAAUGUUGGACUAUCGAAAAUUCAGAAUGUUAUUAAUAUAAAUUCACAGAAAAUUUAUUGAAAUGAAUUCUGAAAGUUUGUAAUCGUGUAGUUCAUCGUUUUUUUUUGCCAUAUACAUUAUCAUAAUCAUGUAUGUAUGUAUAAUAUUAUAUAUUUGAGUCACAAAUAAUUUAUAAAAGUAAUCGAUAUAAUUUUAAUAAAAUGCGUGUUUUAAUUGGAUCAUGACAGGUACGACUAAAUUGUAAGCGUUAUUUAAAUGUAGAACAUUCGAGAAAUCCAAUUAUUAUAAUGAAAAGAUUUUAUAUCUUGUUAGAAAUGUUUGAAAUGAUUGUAAAUUAUUAGUUAUUUUUAUGUGAAAUUGUAAAAUUGUCGCUGCGUUUGUAAAUACUGAUAAUUUAACGUAAAUAAAAUGCCUUCACGUUGAAAUAAAAUUGAAGAUAUUGUACUUAAUGUAAUGAAAUAUGUAAUGGAUGACGGUUAGUGUUGUUAUGUUUAUUUGUUUAUGCUAAAUCAGUAUUAUAGUUGCUGCGCGCGCAAUUUUAUAUAAAGGUAGAAACAGUUUAAUAACUCACAUUUAUAUUCUCUACGCUAAUUGUUCAAUUUAUUUUAUAUAUUACUAUUCACUCUGUAAAAUGACAUAGAUAUUUAAUUUCAUUUUUAUAUAUGAAUGGCGUCUUAAUAAACUGUAUUUAUCUUUAUAUGUGAAUAAAAUGAAGUACAAUGUAAUUAAUAUGUAAAUAUGUUAUAUACUCAAUUCAUCAAAGGAUGGCAGUUUGAAAGAAUGAAAGUUGCUUCGGAUGUUAAGUUUUGCUAUGUGUUCAAUUAGUACCUAUUGAAUGCUACAAUCGUUUAAAUUUAAGGCAUAUUUAGCUUUAUAAAGGGAUUGAUAAUAUUAUAAGAAUUCAUAAUGUUAUUUGCGAUAAAACUGAUUUUAAUUGUGAUUUAAACAUCGAAGAUUUUUGUAUUUAAAACAGGUUUAUUCAAAUCGGGCCACAGCUAUAUUUAGUGUUAUUCAAGUUUUUCAAAAAUAUGAAUAUCUAUACAUUUUUUUUUUUAGAAAACCUAUCGAUAUUACUCAAUAAACGAUUCUUAAUGAUUUUUAAAAUGAAUAUUAUAUUAUAUAUAUAUAUUUUAUAAUUCAUUUAUUGAAUAGUAAUUUUGUCCUUAGUUCACGUUUUAAAUGUAAUAAAAAACCGCAAAUUAUAUAAAAUUUAAUUGAGUUUUUAGACGUAGCCUCUCUUUUUACGGUUUUUCGCUUUAAUAUUGACCUUGAAGCAAAUGGACGUAAAUGAUGAAUGUGUGAUCAAUUUGACUAUAUUGCAACUAAUUCUGUAUUAUAUCUAUUAAAGUCAAUUAAAUAGCUUAUUUUAAAUUUGUAAUGAUGACACGGUUUAAUAGACUUCAGAUAAACAACAUAGAAUUUAUGUGCAAAUGUAAACUUUAUUUCAUAUAAUGGUAAUGUAUUAUUAUUUCACAGGAAUUUAUUUUUACUGUUUCUGGGUUAUGUCCGUUUGGAUAUGUAUUAUUCUAAUUGGAGCUAGACGAAUAUUAAAAUAGAUUAUUUUCCUACAUAAUAUAGACCAAGCAUGUUUUAUAAUUUCUAGCCGAUAAGGCCGUGACAUAAUUGACUAAAAUUAAUAUUUUUAAUUGACAUUUUAUAUUGCAUGAACUUGUCUAGAUAAAUCAAUCGAAAUAAAAUUGUUGAGUUCUGGCUCACUUGAACAACGGUGCGUGCAAAACUGCAGGCAAUAUCCAAAUAUAAACACUCAAUAGGUACAUUUAAAUGUACUGUUUAUAUAAAACAUUAUUUUUUAUUGUUAAUAAAUAAAACGCACACAAUUUCGUUACUAUAUUAUGUCAAUGAUUAAAGCUUGAAAUAUAAGAAUUUAUUGAAUAAUUAUAUUUUUACACUAUCAUUGUAUAUAUACAGAUAUCAAGUGUUAAUAGUGUUGUUUCAUAACAACGUGACAUACAAGUAUGACGUUAAAAUAAUUUGUUUGACAAUGUUGCUGUUAAUAUUAAAGCAAUAUCUACAACGUAGCUAAAUAAUCGUGCGUAUUGUUGAUCUCAUUUGUUUAUGGACAUAUAGCUCAAUAUGUAGGGUUUUUUUUUUUUUUAAAUAAACUCAGAACUUUAUCCGAAUGUAAAUUGUCUAUUAUAAGAUAUUAUAAUAAAUUGUAUAUAUAUUUUAAUAAAGAUUUUUUAUACAAAUAAUCCAAUUUUGUCAUUCAACUGUAUAGUUUUCUAGUGUCAACAUAAGUACUUCGAUUAAUUGUAGAUUGUAAAUAUAAUUGAUAGUUGUAAGCGAUGUUACGCUUAUGACGUUGUAUAAUAAAAUUUAUAUGAAUGCGUUGACUUGGAUUUAUGUAUAAAUUGAUAUUGUAAAAAUUAACUCGAGUACGUUGUUCAAAGAUUGACGUUUCGAAUAAAUAACUUUUACACAAG